AUGGCUUCCAACCUUGCCGCGAAGUUGGCUAAGGAUUAUAAGAUAUGCAUCUACGACGUCUCGCAGGAAGCUAUGAAAUCCUUCGCCGAAGCUCACGGGCAGUCGGUGUCAAUCUGUCACUCACCGAAAGAGGUGUCUCGAGGAACAGAUAUCAUCUUCACCAUGCUGCCAGAAGGUUCCCACGUGAGAGCUGUCUACCUGGAUCCUGUUGACGGCAUCCUGCAUUCGAAGAUGUCCGCUCGCCUGCUUCUUGACUGCUCUACCAUUGACACUGAGACGUCUCUCGCAGUGUCCACUGCAGUCAAGUCGCGUUUCACUGACGUCGCGUUCUAUGAUGCCCCAGUGUCAGGAGGUACUCUUGGUGCAGUGGCAGCGUCUCUCACUCUCAUGGUUGGUUGUUCUGAGAACGAUAGUAACUGGUCACUCGUCGAAGGUUUGUUGGGACUCGUGGGCAAGAAUAUCAUCGCAUGCGGGGGCCCGGGCAUGGGUCUCACCGCAAAGCUGUGCAACAACUAUUGCUCUGGACUCAUUUCACUCGCCACAGCUGAGGCCAUGAACAUCGGCAUGCGUUCAGUCAGAGAGAAGGUUCGCAACUGGCACCAGACUUAUGGCGAUGUUUUCUACACCAAGGUUGGGGCUACAGAUUACGUCUGGCUGUCAUCUCCCAAGGCUGUUAAAGACUUAAUGGACAAGAAGUCUGCGAUCUAUUCGUCACGGCCCCACUCACCUUUAGCUCAAGAUGUGGCUAGCGGUGGAUCUCGACAGCUUUUCAUGGCUUACGGUCAGGACUGGCGAAAUUUGCGGAAACACAGUCACAGUCUUCUCAAUCUGAAUGCCACAAAGAAAUAUCAAUCGACACAAGAGCUGGAGUCAAGGGUACUACUGCAGGACCUUCUCAAUCAGCCAGAUCAAUACUACACCAUCAACCGGAGAUAUUCGACAUCCGUCAUAUUGCUCGCUACAUACGGCUAUCGCAUUCCAUCCUUUCAAGACCCUCUGAUAACUAAGAUCUUCACUGUUCUGGAACAUUUGUCAGUAAUGAUGGCGCCUGGAGCUUUUGCUGUUGAGGUUCUGCCGGCAUUGGCUAGACUUCCAGAACGCUUCUUCGGGAAUUGGAGGACUUGGGGUAGAAAUGCAUUUGCCCAUGACAGCAAAGUUUACCUGGAGCUAUGGCAAACUCUCAAACAAACUACAGACGAUGGAAGCGCGAGGGACUGCUUCUGUAAAGAUUUCUACCUCGGUGAUCCAAGGAAGAAUGGCAUAGACGACCUAUUGGCGGCCUAUACGUGCGGUGGCCUCGUAGAGGCUGGGGCAGAAACAACAGCCACGACAAUCAACAAUUGGACUCUUGCAAUGAUACUCUUCCCCGACGCCAUGCGAAAAGGCCAGGAAGAAUUGGAUCGCGUUGUUGGGUCUGGCCGGCUACCGAAUUGGGACGACGAAAAGAACCUUCCGUACAUUCGAGCAAUGAUCAAAGAGACGUUGCGAUGGCGGCCUGUCAAUAAGUUCGGAAUGUACCACGCUUCUACCGAGGAUGACUGGUAUGAUGGCUUUUUCAUUCCCAAAGGGUCAACAGUAGUGUUGAAUUGGUGGGCUAUUCAGCGGGACUCCGGUCGAUUUGAACAGCCGGACAUUUUUGAGCCUGCGCGCUUUCUUGGGCACCCCCUCACAGCAGCCGAGUACAUGAAUGCACCGGACCCCUAUGACAGAGAUCAUUUCUCAUACGGCGCAGGAAGGCAAGACACCCAAAACUCGGUGGUAGCCUAA